AUGGCUGCUUAUGGCGAGAAUCUGAUUGUUUCAAAACCUUACUUAUUAGACCCUUCCUUGUACCUCAAGGCUCUCAAGCUAUGCAGUUACCAAAACGUGGAGAAACAGUUUGUGUUGAUCCAUGGGAACUCUGUGACAAAUGGGUUUGUCUCCAAUCUCCAUUUAAACAACAGUUUGAUCAACUUGUACGCAAGACAAGGAGAUGUGAAACACGCACGUAAACUGUUCGAUAGAAUUCCUCAAAGAGAUGUUUGUUCUUGGAGAGUUAUGGUCUCGGGAUUCUCUCGAUGUGGUUAUCACCGGGACGCGUUGCUGUUGUUCAGACAGAUGCGCCAGGAAGGUGUUAGGGCUGAUAUGUACAUUUACGGUAGUGUCUUGAAGUCUUGCAAGGAUUUGGGAUGUCUGAGAGAAGGUAUGCAGAUACAUGGUUGUGUGGAGAAAGGGAAAGUUGUAGGGAACUUAGUUGUGAGGAGUGCAUUGCUUUGUCUCUAUGCUAGGUGUGGGAAGAUGAAGGAUGUUCGUCUUCUGUUUGAUUCAAUGAAACAAAGGGAUCUGUUUACUUGGAAUAUAAUGAUCUCUGCCUGUGACACUUCCUUUGGUCUGUUUCAUUUGAUGCUUGCGGAAGGGAAGAAGCCAGACUGCAUUACCUUUGAGAGCCUCUUCAGAGCUUCUAUUCAAGUCAACUGUCUUGAGAUGGUUAGUGAGUUACACGGAUUUGCAAUCAAGAUGGGUUUGGAGAGAUCAAAUGCACUGAUUAGGUCUUUGAUUGAUGCAUAUGGGAAGUGUGGUAGCCUUGCCAGUGCUAAGAAACUGUUUGAGGGACCAAUAAGAAGAGACUUAAUCUCUUGCACUGCUCUAAUCACAAGUUUUGCACAAGAGAACAACUUCACAAGUGAUGCUUUUGAUAUCUUCAAAGAGAUGAUACUGAUGAGAACUCAGAUGGACGAGGUUGUAGUAUCUUCAAUGCUUAAAAUAUGCACCACCAUCUCUUCAAUAUCCAUUGGAAGACAGAUCCACUCCUUUGCCUUAAAAUCCUCACAAAUCAGAUUCGAUGUUGCUUUGAGUAACUCUUUGAUAGAUAUGUAUGCAAAGUCCGGGGAGAUUGAGGAUGCAGUUCUUGCUUUCGAAGAGAUGAAAGAGAAAGAUGUGAGAUCAUGGACCUCGUUGAUUUCAGGAUAUGGAAGACAUGGGAAUGUAAAGAAAGCAAUUGAUCUUUAUAACAGAAUGCAGCAUGAAGGAACCAAACCGAAUGACGUCACGUUUCUUGCUCUCCUCUCAGCUUGUAGCCAUACAGGGGAAACCGAACUUGGCUGGAAGGUUUUCAACGCAAUGAUUAACAAGUACGGUAUCAAAGCUCGAGAAGAGCACUUAUCUUGCAUCGUAGACAUGCUUGCACGCGGUGGCAACUUGGAAGAAGCUUAUGAACUGAUAAGAAGUAAAAAUGGCAUCACUACAAAUCUUAGCUCAUCAGCAUGGGGAGCUUUUCUUGAUGCAUGCAGGAGGCAUGGGAACAUGCAACUCAGCGAAGUAGCAGCUGCGCAGCUUCUGAGUAUGGAACCAAAGAAACCGGUCAAUUAUAUUAAUUUGGCAAGUGUGUAUGCAGAUACUGGAGAUUGGGACAAUGCUUUGAAGACUAGAAGGCUUAUGAAAGAGAGUGGUUCUUGCAAUAAAGCUGCUGGAUACAGCAUUGUGUAUUGA